AUGGCGGCCACCAAAUUCACCAUCUUUCUUGCUGUUCUCCUUUUGUCCGUAGGAUGCGUCUAUGGUAAGCUCCGUGGCACUUUUGCUGUGUUCCUCAAGCCUGUUGAAGUUCCUUUUGCAUACUCCUCUAACAGAAUUGCCGUUUUGAGAUUUCAGUGUUGAUAACAGCUUAUCGGUCACACACCCAUCAUUAAUUAAGACAGUCAUUUGUAAAUAUGUAUUCGGUAAUCUUUGAAAAUAUAUAUUUUAUAUGGUACUUAUUUGCAGUAAAUUGGCAACUGUAGUGAAAAGUUCCUAGCAAGUAUAAAAAGCCACCAAUAGUGCUCAUUCAUCUUCAUUUAGUUUUAGAAGAUUUGCAUGCCUAAACUUGUUUUGACGUAGGGCGUGAAAUAUCCUGCAGUGCGUGUUAGGAAACGCAAAUGAAUAGUAGGUUACAUAAGAAUGACCUCGAUAUACUGACUGCUCUAUUGUAAAGCUGUUUUAAACAGGUAUGGAAGAUUUCAUAGACAAUUCAGAAAACGUAAAAAUCCUGACAAAUUCUGUCAACUGUCCCAAUGAUUUGCAUGAAUUGCACAUAUUUCAAAUCCGAAAUGUGGCCCAGUUGGCCGUAUCUGGCCACAGAGUGGGCGCGAAAUAUUGCUUAUGCGACACAGGAACUGAUAAAUUACACCUGACUAUUUUAUGCAUUUUCGUAGCAACAGCGAACAGACAUAAAUGUAUUGAGCACAAAGUAAUAAAUGUCCGUAAAAUACAUUGCAGGAAAAUUCCUAUGAAGAAAAAACAUUAAUGGGCAAGUAGAGGGGACCCCAGUGUUUCAUAUUCAAUACUUUUAGGAUUUUCACACACAAGAAGACGGUCGGUAGAAGAAUGUCGUAGAAAACAAGGGUUAUUUAUUAGGGCAUAAUAAAACACGAACACCGCAGUCUGUAUCCCAGACAAGAAGUUAAUUCAACUGAAGAAAGCCAUGGGUUACAGUCCACGUACACGCAUGCAUUCCACCGUCACUCACGUGCAUAAGUUCGCGCCUUCUCCAUUCGCAAAGGCUUACGAAGUUCGCAGGCGACUCGAUGCAUCGCGUUUCCCAUAAGUAAAACAAGGUCAAAUAAUACAGUUAAUGUCCUGAAGCGUGAUGAGCCAAUGUGACAUACCAUGCAUGCGGCAGUAUUGUUACUGACCACGGGUUGUUCUUAUUCAUAUAAUACGUGAGAGUAGCGGAUUGAAGUUAUGCGCGUGAUAUUGAAGUGAUUGGCUCUUCUUCUUCUUCUUCUCAUAUACUGCACGGUUUCCAAUAUUACUUGUUUGGUGACUGGGAAAAUGCUAAAUCCUUUCUUCCUUUGAAUGAAUCUGACGCAGAUCGAGGUGCUCGAGAGAUGGAUCGGAGGACAGGACGAUGUGUUGCAAUCAUAUCUUGUUUUAUGUUUGAGACUGCUACAACACUUCUCUAUUACGUAUUGCUUUCUCAGCAUUGCCGUUUUGAGUAUUGAGUGUUGGUAACAACUUUUUGACGACACACCCAUCAUAAAUCAAGACAAUUAUCUGUAUCAAUGUGUUGGGUACUCUUCGAAAAUAUGUUAUCAUAUUUUCUUUUAUGUUUGAAAAGGCGAUGUCCUUAAUGCGAUAACAUCUGCAUCGAUAGCUAAACUGUAACGUAGAUUACACACCGGAUGCCUAAAUGAUGAAAACAUUGCAAAACCUGAUAAUUUGCGUUGUGGCGGAAAUCCACUCUUAUGUUUCCUUCAAAACAGCCAGGUCAGAUAAUGGAAAACGGUCAUUUUGGGAGGUGAGUACUCACUGGACAUGACUCCUGCUCUAGCCUUAUGUACUUGGCAAACGUGAAGAGCAAAACACUAUUCUUAACGAAGACUUUGGUUAAUUAAUCUAAUUUAUCAUAUUUAGCACGAUAUACCACACUUGACAACAAGGGUACUAACUAAAAGUCCUGACAAGUGUUUCACCAAUAUGCUGUCGUUGCAUGACACAGCUGCGAGGGGUUCGGAGGGGCUUAGUUCGGCUUCCGUGUAACUUUAUGGGAGACGCUCCGAUUUUGAAACUGCGACCUGUCAAUUCCCCCAGAAAUAAUUCUCUAACUUGGAGUGGAUCAGUUUGCACGAGACUUGAUCUUAGCCUAUAAAUUUCAAAUGGACUAAUCAAAUCCAAGCCAUCGAUUAAUUUCUGAGGAAACUGAGAAGCAACAAUGAUCUUAACGGGCCGGACUUUCUGAAUUUAAUGCUUACCUUCUGUUAGUUGCGAAUAUUCACACUCCAUCAUUUGCCUACACUGACCAUUAAGGCGACGAUCAACCAAGUGACAUGAGGCUGUACACAUACAGUUCGGACUCCAUACUGUUAAUUUGGGAUUCCCCCACGGAUACUAACCACAAAAUUGACAACUAUCGGCUCAACAUCUCAGGAGGUCAGCAAAGAAGCUUACUGGUCGGCACGAUUGGCUGGAUGGUAGUUGAACACCUCAAACCGUCGACGAACUACACGAUGACAUUGGAGGCCAGAUAUGCCAAAAACAAGAAUUUUGGCAAGCCGGCACAGGCAACCGCGACCACCUUUGCAAAAGGUUUGGUCUUCAUUUUACCGAAUUGUUAUCAUUCUUUCAAAUAUAUGCCAGUCUUUUUUACUGUGACAAAUACUUCAACAUUACCCAAAAUGUUUUUUGUUCUCUGCGCUAAAAACUACUUUCAUUGUUGAACCGGGGACUCUUAAACCAUUUCAGGGACUCAGACUUUAGUAAUACGUUUCUCUUGCGUCUGAAAAGCAGGUUACACGGUAAUUUAAAAAAAAAACUAACCGUAUUGUGCCAGACAAUUCGUUGUUUCUGAGUAUCGCCACACCCCGUAGGAUGAAUUGAAAUUGAAGCUUUGGAGAUUAAGACUAGCUGAUAUAGCUAUCAUUAUCUACUCUUCACCGUGUAAGAAUCUACGAGGUUUAAGGAUAUAAAAAGUACAAUAAGAAGGAACAACAAACUGACGUCCGUUCAGUCAGAAGAAAUGGUGGAAAUUUGUGUCUGAAGGCAGGACUCAUAAGAAUACAUUCCUGAAUUCUUUUAGAGGCCAUACGGUUAGAGUUUCAUCACAACGUAGGGCAGUAUCGCAUUCUCUGCAAAAUUGGUUCAUCGGAAAAUAUAAUUCACAAGAAAAAUAAAACGUUAACCAGUACUCCUGUAUGCCCUCUGUCAUUGGGUUAAAUGCCGACAUUAGUAAGAACAAGAAUUCAAAUUAGGCGACGAUAUAUUUGUAAGCCCGUACCCAUUAAAGCACUUGGAGUGGCUCAGUGCUGUAUGCAGUAUCCUAUUAUGCAAUAACGGCGCAUUUUCAUGAACCAGAACCUGCAUCAGUUGCACGUAAAGUGCAGGAAUCAUGGUCCCCACUGCAGGCAAAACAUAAGAUACACGCCGACCGUAUUUCCAGCAGCUUCGAAUGCAGCAAAAUUAGUUUUAAUCGCAAUCAUAAAUUUCAAAUACCUGCUCGUCUUACUGUCUCGCUUCCCGCAUAAACUAUGAACAGCAGAGAGAGAUUUAUUAAAUUAUCCACUCAGGAAAUCUUAAUCACCCCAAUUUAUUUACACUGAUCUUUCUUCCAUCUGCUGCAAGGAACUGACAUGCCGAGAGACCUGACGGCUGAGGUGAUCAGUGGUACUGCAGUUAAAUUAACUUGGAAACCACCAGUAAACACGUGUCCGGUGAAUAAGGUCUAUGUUGUGGAGGUGGGGGGAAGGACGUAUGAUGUGGACUAUGACGAGUUUACAGGAACAUACACAGUCAACGGACUAGCCCGCGGUCACAAGUACAAGAUUUCUGUGAGUGUCUUCUACGAGUUUCCAGGCUACUCAGCACCAGCUGCCCAGACUACUGUAACAACACCAUCCCGAAGUAAGUGACCUCUUUAUUUUGUGAAGAAAAGCAUGAGAUACCAUGCUAAUGCCAUGAUAAGGAGUUCAUUAUUUUGACAUAAUAUUGCCAGUUACUUUUGUAAUUUAAGUAGAGUGGAAUACGAGCUGAAACGGAGUAUGAGGUUCGGAAGUCUUGUACAACUUAUGCGCGAAAUCGGACAAAAGUGGUUUUUUUAGCAAAAUUAGUGUAUUAUGGACAACGAUACCAUGAAAGUGGUGGGGGUGCAAGACACUAACGUCUUGUCAGAUGCAGUUAGCACAAUACCGGUUGAGGAAUCCUGUAGAAGGGCAUUCAGUGGAGGACGGCGCAUUAGUGUAAGAAAAAGAUACCGUAAUAGGAGACGUAAUUGUAGACGACCUUAAGCGGCGCAAUAUUUCAAAAUGAGACAACCCGUCAUCGGUUUUCUUAGACAGACGGUUGUUCGGCGUCAAUAUAUGUCUUGUUGAUAGGUUGAUACGUUGUCAAAGUAGUUAGUUGUUGAUCUUUACAUUUGCAAAUUUUCCACUGGAACGCUUGUUAAACAUACCUAUAGGAAUGAGGAUCAGAUGGUUUAUUUCAGCAGCCAGGAAUCUACUGAAUUUAGGAAAACCAAAAAUGCUUUCGCUGAAUUACUUGUGGAAAUGUUUGUUGGUAAUAUUUUCAAUUAUAUCUAUAUACACAACAGAAUUGUUCCGUCUAUCAUGGAGCUCUCUGUAGACUAUGAACGAGUGCAGAUAACUUUUCCUUUUGUUUCUAUCAGUCUACAAAUAAAAAUCAGAUCUUCAUAUCCAGUCCUUAAUCAUAUUUAUUUUCUACCAUGCCAGGAUGAUCAAACGAUGACUCCCGCAGCCUGGUUUGCAUUUCCCUGGCACCCAGUUUCCUGUACUCGCAUUCCCACUAAGCGUACAGGAUGCGAACAUGGCUGCCGAGUCAUUCGCGUCGUCUUUCUGACCCGUGUUGUUGUUGUUGUUUUCUUUGAUUUAAAUUCUCGUGAAGCUUUUGCUGUAGACCGGGGUUGUGGUGGUGCGACUAGGCGUGGAUCCGGCCACCUGCGCUCUCUCCUGCUUACGUUAUUGUAGACUACAUCUUAACACCGGUCCCAGGCGGGAUGGGGGAGGAUAGAGUAGGGUAGGCGUCCCGCAAGUCUACUGCUCUCACUACAAACGAGUUCACGCGCGAAUUCCCGCGCCUGCCUUGCCUUGCUCUGAAGCACACGGUUCACAUCCUCCGGCGCGAGAGUCAAAAUAUAAUAAGUCUACGGACAUACUUUGGAACAGGCCUCAAGACUUCACAAUUGAAGGCGUGCACUCGAACUUGUCUCAUCACAUAUUCUUACAUCAGCAAGUUGAUGAUUGGACAUAUGUAAUUGAGCAGGUAGCCUGCGUAGUUGGGCCAUUAGUUAGAAAACUUUAAGAAUACGUUUGCACUACAGAGAACAGGUGAUUACCCAAAGCAACAUUUAGUCCAGUGUAAAGCAAAAUGCAUGCCUUACAUUACUUUUUAAACAAAUAAAUUUGCUCCUUUUAUUAGAAUUGAAGCUGCCGUCUAACUGA